AUGGUGGGCGCCAUGUUGCGAUGCUUGCUGCUGCUGUGGCUGGCUGAGGCGGAAGACCAAAGCGAUGCGGCCCUCGUUGUGGACACGGCCAACGGCCCGGUGUUGGGCGUCUGGCGCGAUGGGGCCUCCGCCUCUUGGUGGGGGAUCCCGUUCGCGGAGCCUCCGCUUGGGAAGCUGAGGUUCCGGGAGCCGCAGGCCUUGUCGCAGACCUGGACGACGCCGAGACCCUCCAAGAUCCCCCCGGAGUGUGCCCAGCGGGGCGGCUCCAAAGGUGUGAAGGGCCAGGAGGACUGCUUGUACCUCAACGUCCACGCUCCAGCGCAGACCAAUGCCAGCCGUCCAGUGCUGGUGUGGAUCUACGGCGGAGGCUUCUCUAUGGGCUCCAGCUAUGAGCUUGGGCUCUACGAUGGACACCACCUCAGCGCGAAGCAUGAGGUGGUGGUGGUCACCCUCAACUACCGCCUGUCUGCGCUGGGCUUUAUGGCCUUGGACGCGCUGCAAGGUGAGCAACCGGCGGGCAGCACCGGCAACCACGGAGUGCAGGAUCAGCAGCUGGCGCUUCGCUGGGUCCGGCGCAACAUCGCGGCCUUCGGCGGGGACGCCACGCGCGUCACCGUCUUCGGGGAGUCCGCGGGGGCCUUCUCCGUGAUGUGGCACCUGGUGAGCCCCCACUCCGCAGGCUUGUUCCAGUCGGCCAUCAUGGAGAGCGGCACGGUGGAGACGAGCCUCUUCUUCCAGCCGUUGGAGAAGGCGAAGGCGUACUACGAAGAGCUGGCGGAGAGGCUGCAUUGCCCAAAGCUCCUGGGGCCACUGCAGUUGCCUUGCCUCCGGGCACUGCCGCCGGAGCUCAUCCUAGCAGUAGAAGGUGGCGCCGACGGGUGGCGGCCGAUGCAGCGCUCCACGCUGUGGCCGGUGAUGCCCACGGGCCCCGCCGUCGACGGCACGGACCACGGCCUCCCCGACGUGCCGCUGAAGCUGGUGAAGCAGGGGCGCUUCAACAAGGUGCCUUUGCUCUUGGGCGCCAACGAGAACGGCGGCUCCAUCUUCGAGAUGAUGCUGCCGGAGGUGCUCCCGGGCGCCAAGCUCCCGCUGAAGAGGAACCCGGAAAGCCUCUCGAAGGCUUUGGACUUCUUCUUCCGGGAGAACGUGUCGAAAGUGGAGCAGGUCUACACACAAAGCGAAUAUUUGCAGGACCCAGACAAGAUGAUCCGGCGCAUCAUUCGCGACCUGAUCUUCUUGUGCCCUGCCAGGGCCUUGGCAAGCGCCUGGGCGCAGCAGGGCCUGCCGGCCUAUUUGUAUGUCUUCGACUUCAACUAUGGCCUUGCGAAGAUGAUUGGCCUUGGGGACUUUCACGGCGCGGAGCUUCCCUUUGUCUUCCGCAACUGGCUGGAGUUCAUCAAGCCCAUCGACCCCUUGCAGUCCCCGUGGCACAUGGCGGACAUCAUGAGCUGCAAGUGGGCCUCCUUCGCCACGGUCCGUGACCCCAACGGCGGCGACGAGGCCAGCUGGCCCCCAGGCUGCCAGGCGGUGAAUCGGAAGUUCUCCGACUGGCCGGCCUUCGAAGCGGGCCAGCGCUUCUUCUACGGCCUGAAAAGCCGGCCGGACGUGCACGCCAUCCUCAAGGACAACCGCUACCCGGACGACUUGUUCCCCAGAGACGAGAAAUGUGACCUCUGGGACCAGCUGGGGAUGUACAUGCCCUGGGUGCAAGGCGCCCAGGACGUGAUCGUCCUGUAA